AUGGCGUGCGACGACAACGCCUUUGGUCCAGUCAUCAACCACGGCUGUCGCGCUGCUUUUGACUUCACCCUCCUCUUUGAGCAGACCAUUCUGUCCAUCGCACCAUCCGCCUUGUUCCUGCUGCUGGCUCCGUGGAACUAUGUCUGCUUGCUGCGGGGUCCACGGAAGGUUCAGCCAAGCUUCCUGGCCUGGUGGAAACGAUGCUGUAUUCUAGUCCUCGGAGCCCUUCAGAUAGUCCUCCUGGUGCUCUGGGUGCAGCCGUCAGCGCCCGCCACCAACGCCUCGGUGGCGGCUGCGGCGUUGGGGCUCCCCGUGGCGCUGGCCAUGGGGUUGCUCUCCCACGCUCAGCAUAUGCGGUCUGUCCGUCCGUCCACGCUGCUCAAUGUCUACCUGCUGCUGUCUCUGUUGUGUGAUAUCGUACAGACCAGGACACUAUGGCUCCUUCACGGAGCUACCGCCAUCGCGGGGGUCUUCACCGCCGUGGUCGUUCUGAAAUUCGUGGUCUUGAUGACGGAGGCUGUUGAAAAGCGGCGGCUACUGGAAAGGAAGCAUCGCCAUGCAACCAUCGAAUCCACCAGCGGCGUCUGGAAUAAAAUGCUCUUCUGGUGGGUGAACCCGCUCUUGUGGAAGGGUGCCCGUACGAUCCUCGAGCCCGACGACCUGCAGACGAUCGCCGAGAAGCUGCAUGGAGUCGCACUGGAGAAGGUUCAUCCCAGUGUUCUCGCAGGGGUGGCUGACCAGGAGCGAAAAUAUGGUCUUUUCUCCGCCCUCUUGCGUGCGUUUUGGCUACCGAUCGUGUCGGCCGGUUUCCCACGAUUGUGUCUUCUCGGCUUCACCUUUGCUCAGCCGUUCCUGAUCAACCGGACUGUGACCUUUGUCAGUCAACCAGUGACCGAAGAGACCCAGAAUGCGGGAUACGGCUUGAUCGGAGCGUUUGCGUUGGUGUAUAUUGGCCUGGCCGUUUCCACCGGCGUCUACACCUAUACGAUGAACCAGGUCAUGAUCAUGGUCCGAGGAUGCUUGGUGACCACGAUCUACCGUCGGACCCUCGCGCUGAGCACGCACGAACUCGAGGAGUCGGCGGCCGUCACUCUGAUGAGCACCGACGUGGAGCAGGUCAUGCUCGCCGUCGAAGACACCCACGAGGUGUGGGCCAACGUGGCUCAGAUUGGCUUGGCUGUCUGGCUCCUCGAACGACAAGUAUCCUGGGCAUGUGUCGCUCCGAUCACUGUCUCACUCGCCAGUGUCGUCGUGUCGGGACUUCUGGCCCCAUUGAUCGGCACAGGACAGAUGCAAUGGAAUGAAGCUGUGCAGACGAGGAUUGACGUGACCGCACGAACCUUGGGCCAGAUGAAGGAACUCAAGUUGCUCGGCCUGACGGACAAACUGACCACACUGAUCCAGAAGUUGCGCACCGCCGAGAUUCGGAUCUCGACCAAGUACCGCAUCAAGUUGAUGAUGAUUCUGUCAAUCUCCCAGGUUGCGCCCAUUUUUGCCCCCGUCGUAACGUUUGCGCUGUAUGCGAUUGUUGCUGCAGUCAGCUCUCAUCAGUCCCUGCUGUCCGCCCAGGCCUUCACAUCAUUGUCUUUGAUAUCGAUUCUAUCCAACCCAAUCGUUACUCUGACCCAGUCGGUGCCGAUUAUUGCGGCCGGUUUGGGGGCUCUGACCCGCAUCCAAGAGUAUCUAUCUACAACCCCGAGGCAGGAAAGAAGGGGAUUGGGGGUACCAGCACAGAGUUACAACAACCCAGUAGAGUCGACUCAAGCCAGCGAGAAACCUUAUCAGCUUGCCGAAGAAAAGGCUUCAGAAAAGUGUGGCUUAUACGCAAUUACAGUCGAGAAUGGAACGUUUGGCUGGGACAAUAAGGCUGCCACUCUACAGAACAUCCACUGCAAAUUUCCGACUUCAUCCUUGACGAUCAUCAUCGGACCUGUCGGGUCCGGCAAGACCACUCUCCUUAGGGGUCUUCUCAAUGAACUGCCCGGCAUCGAAGGAGAAAUAGUCGUCCAUGGCUCUUCUCUCGCCUUCUGCGACCAAAAUCCAUUCUUAAUGCACGCCACUGUGCAGAAGAAUAUCAUUGGCGAGUCAGCCUUGGACUUUGAAUGGUACCAGACGGUGUUGAAGGCCUGUGCACUGGACAUCGAUCUAGCCCUACUCCCACAUGGAGAUCAGGCUAUGGUCGGAAGCAAUGGUAUGACAUUGAGUCGAGGACAGAAGCAGCGGAUCGCAAUCGCUAGAUCAGUCUAUGCAAAAGCCAGCAUCGUCCUGCUCGACGAUGCACUGAGUGGGCUCGAUCGACGCACUGAAAGGCAGGUUUUCAAUCAGAUAUUUGGGAAGCAGGGGCUUCUGCGCCAAAUAGGCUCAACAGUAGUGCUGGUAACGCACGCAAAUUAUCUUCUACCGGAUGCUGAUCAGAUCAUCGUCCUCGGCAGCGAGGGAAGGAUUGACAGCCAAGGAAGCUUUGACAGCUUGCGGUCCAGCGAUGGCUAUGUGCAGAAGCUGUCGAUUGAAGGGUACACCGCGACACACGCUGAAGAUACUACUGAGACUCAGGCCGCGCUUUCCACUCAAGACGAUCUCGUGCGAGCUGCUGAGACCGACUUGAAAGACCGCCAAACGGGCGAGUGGUCCGUGUAUGUGUAUUACUUACAAGCUGCGGGGAAGAUCAACUCCCUCUUCUUCUUGAUAUAUGUUGCAGUCGUUGCGUUCUGCUAUAACUUUCCCAAUCUAUGGGUCCAGUGGUGGUCAGACGCCAAUGAAAAAUCCUCGAAUGCCAACCUGGGACUCUACUUGGGAGUGUAUGUGGCGCUGGCAGUGGCGGCGAUGGUCUCCCUGGUUCUGGCUUGCUGGUAUCUGAUGGUGCGAAUCGUCUCGAGAUCGGCAGGGAGACUGCACGAAACGGUGUUGCGGACAGUCAUGAGAGCACCUCUGUCCUUCUUUGCCACGAGUAGCGCUGGGGCCAUUACCAAUCGGUUCAGCCAGGAUAUGCGGCUCAUCGACAUGUCGUUACCGAUGGCUGCCAUCAAUACCGCGCUAUAUGCCUUUUCCUGUGUGGUGCAGAUUGUCAUCAUCUCGAUUUCCUCCAAGUACAUGGCCGUCACCAUCCCCUUUGCUCUGGGUGUCAUCUAUCUGGUGCAAAAGUUCUAUCUGAAGACCUCGCGGCAACUCCGGCUCCUCGACCUGGAAGUGAAAUCGCCGCUGUAUUCCAAUUUUAUCGAGACUCUGAAUGGCCUUGUGACGAUUCGCGCCUUUGGGUGGUCAUCGCAACUGCAGGAGCAGAACACCCGGCUGCUGGACGAAUCGCAGAAGCCCGUCUACCUGCUGUAUUGCGUGCAGCGAUGGCUGACGCUGGUCAUGGAUAUGCUCGUGGCCAGUCUGGCAAUCAUCCUGAUCCUCUUGACGGUCCUCCUGAAGGGUUCAACCAGCGGCGGCGCGAUCGGCGUGGCCCUCGUCAACAUCAUGACCUUCAAUCAGGGCUUGACGAGCAUGAUCAAGUGGUAUACGUCCCUCGAGACGGCUCUGGGGGCCAUCUCGCGGGUGAAAAAAUUUGAAUCGGAGACCGAUUCAGAAGAACGUCCGAGCUCGACGUUGGGCCUGGUGGAUCAGGAGUGGCCCCCAUCUGGGAUAAUCGAGUUCCGGAACGUAUCCGCAUCUUACAACAACGGGUCUUCCUUAGCGCUCAGGGACAUCUCGAUGUCGAUUCAAGCAGGUCAGAAAAUCGGGAUAUGUGGGCGCACCGGCAGUGGAAAGAGCUCGUUGAUUCUGUCCCUGUGUCAGAUGGUCGACCUCAGUGGUGGCUCGAUCUGGGUUGAUGGGAUUGACCUCUCGACCCUGCCCCGAGAAAGCGUUCGCUCCCGGUUCAAUUCCAUUACGCAGGAACCAUUCUUCAUCCCAGCCACAGUGCGCAUGAACCUGGACUUCACCGAAUCACUGUCAGAUGACGCCAUCAUCGAGGCUCUCCAGAAGGUCCACUUAUGGGAUUUCAUCGAGGAACGCGGCGGACUGGACGCCAAGCUGGUGGCCGAUGCGUGGUCCCUGGGUCAGCAACAGCUCUUCUGUCUCGCGCGAGCAUUGCUGAAGAAGAGCCGGAUUCUCAUUCUGGACGAGAUGACUAGCAGUGUGGAUUCCGAAACGGACAAGCUGAUGCAAGUCGUCAUCCGCACCGAAUUCGCCGACUCGACCAUCUUCUGCAUUGCGCACCGCCUCGAUACCAUUCUGGACUUUGACCGGAUUGCGUUCUUGGAUAAGGGUUCGUUGAUCGAGUUUGACAGCCCGACGACGCUGCUCGAGAAGGGAUCCUCGGCGUUUGCGCGGCUGUACAAUGGCUUGCCAGAUUCGAGCCUUUAG